AUGUCCUCAAUCGUCGACCAAACGGAAUUGCAAAAAGAAGUAGAAGCUCCGGCCACCGUGACUGACCCAGGAGACACCGCGAUCCUGUCGGGUGAAGCACCAGCAGACGGUGCUGGAGAUCCGAAACACGAGGAAUCCAAGGAAUUUGCUACCCAAUCCGGAGAUGUACAGUCAAACGAUGCAGACGCUUCAAAACCUGACGACAAAUUGACGAAAUCCAACGAGGCUAGUGAUGCAGAUCCCAAGGCAAAUGAGGGAGAUACUUCUAGCGAGUCUGGAGAUGUACAAUUGAACAAUGCAGAGGCAUCGGAGUUGAUCCGAUCGAACAACUCAGAUGAUUCAGAUCCCAAGGUGGAUGAGCCGAAGGGUGAUACUGUUGAAUCUAAUGAAACGGGAAGUAACUCGAAGCAGCUAAAAAAGGAUGAAGGUAGCCGAACAUUUACAAUGAGAGAGUUGUUGGAUGAAUUGAAGAAUGGAGAUGCCAAUGAAGAUUCUGAAGCUGAAAGAAGAGAAAGCGACACACCUCACAGUCAACAGAGCAGUCAACAGCACACAGAAAGUAAUGCUGCCUUGGAUUUGAUUAACAGUGUCACAGGUGCUGACGAGGAGGGCCGAUCUCGCCAACGAAUUCUAACAUAUGCUGCCCGGAGGUAUGCUACUGCACUGGAGCGAAAUCAAGAAGAUUAUGAUGCACUGUAUAAUUGGGCACUGGUUCUUCAGGAAAGUGCAGAUAAUGUAAGCCCAGAUUCCACUUCACCUUCAAAAGAUUCUUUGCUCGAACAGGCAUGCAAAAAGUAUGAGGAGGCAACCCGCCUUUGUCCUACGCUGAAUGAUGCUUACUACAAUUGGGCCAUUGCAAUAUCUGAUCGAGCCAAAAUCCGGGGUCGUACAAAAGAAGCUGAAGAACUUUGGAAGCAGGCAACAAAGAAUUAUGAAAAGGCUGUCCAGCUCAAUUGGAACAGUCCACAGGCAUUGAACAACUGGGGACUUGCCCUGCAGGAACUCAGUGCAAUUGUUCCUGCAAGAGAAAAACUAACAAUUGUCAAAACAGCGAUCAGUAAGUUUCGUGCUGCAAUCCAGCUGCAAUUUGAUUUCCAUAGAGCAAUCUACAACCUUGGAACUGUUCUGUAUGGAUUAGCAGAGGACAUGUCAAGAACAGGGGGAGCUGUUACUGCUAAAGGUAUUUCUCCUAAUGAGUUGUACAGCCAGUCUGCGAUUUACAUUGCUGCUGCACAUGCACUUAAACCAAAUUACUCGGUUUAUACAAGUGCCUUGAAGCUUGUGAGAUCUAUGCUACCUCUGCCCUACCUGAAGGUCGGAUAUCUCACUUCACCACCUGCUGGUAAUCCACUCGCACCACACAGUGACUGGAAGCGUUCUCAGUUUGUUUUGAAUCAGGAAGGACUUCAACAGAUCAGUAAAGUUGAUCAAAGACACAUGUCAAGUAGCCUUUCAUCAAAUUCAGCAGAUAUGAGUCCUAGUAGACAAGCAAUUAAAGUUGAUGUGCCAGAUAUCAUCUCUGUAUCAGCCUGUGCAGAUCUUACAUUACCACCUGGUGCAGGCCUCCGUAUUGAUACGAUUCAUGGGCCAGUUUACAUGAUCGCUGAUUCAUGGGAAUCUUUGGACUGGUGGCUUGAUGCAAUUCGUUUGGUUUACACGAUAGGUGCAAGGGGCAAGAGUGACGUUUUGGCAGGCAUCAUCACUUCAUAA